GAUGCCCCAGGGAACAAACGGCACCAUGUGUGUUGGCCAAGCCAAGCACUACCAACUGUGCCAGCAGCAGCCCUGCCCAGCCAACACAGUGAGCUUCAAACAGCAGCAGUGCUCCAGCUUCAAUGCCAAAGCCUUUGGGAAGCGCUACUACCACUGGAUGCCGCUCUAUCCAGAUGACUACACCAGUAUCUCCAACAAACCAUGUGACCUCCAGUGCACCACCCAGAGUGGAGAGAGGCAGCUGAUGGCCCAGGCCCAGGAUGGUACCUCCUGCAAGGACAGGACCUAUCAAGGGGUCUGCAUCAAUGGAAAGUGUGAGCCAGUUGGGUGCGACGGGAGCCUGUAUUCACCUCGGACGAUGGACAGAUGCAGGGUGUGUGGAGGGGACGGCAGCACUUGCCACCGUGUCUCGGGCAGCUUCCGAAAGGGAAUCUCACAGAUAGGUUAUGUGUUUGUCACCAACAUCCCUGCUGGCGCCACAGACAUCCUCAUCAUUGAGCGCAGGAAAACAGAAAACAUCUUGGCACUUGCAGAUGAAUCCGGACAUUUCUUCUUCAACGGCAACUCCGCCAUUGACAACCCCCAGAACUUCAGGGUAGCAGGCACGAUCUUCAAGUAUCGGCGGCCCUCGAGCCUGAACUCAGAAGGGCUGGAGUAUAUCAUAGCUCAUGGACCCACCAACCAGUCUCUAAAUGCCAUGUACUAUAACUUUAAUGGGAAAAUGCCGCACAUAACUUAUGACUACACUGUGCCACGAACACCAACUCUCCAAACUGCAGCCCCUGCUUUUGAUGCACCUCUCUAUCAUCAUCCACCAGACAUCAGCCAGAACCAACCCAUUCCUGCCAGCUCCAGAACUGCCCAGGACCUCAACACCACAUGGCUCUCCCUUUCACCAGAUGACACCAGCGAACAACUUCCACUAGGAGAAGGGCAUGAAGAUUUAGGCUUCAGCCGCCAGGAUUUCUUCCAGACUAACUCUACCAGUCAACCUCGGAAUUGGCGUUGGGAACAAGGUGGAGAAAAGGAGGAGAAGUAUGACUUCCGGAUAAGGCAGGUCUACCAUGCAAGCACAGAAAGAGAGGAAGAAGAGGAGGCAGCAGCAGUUCAUGGAGAAACAGAGCUGGCCCUCAGAUUCAAUCAGAUAUCCAUCAGCACGGCCAUUCCUUACAGCAUGAGGAGACCUGAGCUCUCAAAGAACAGCCGUGUGGCAUCUUCCAGGCUCCGUCUCUUCAGGCGUCUUUGUCACCGAGACCCAAACAACUCUGCCUUCUGUAGGGAGCUGCAGCACCCGACUGCCAGGCUGCUCCAGAGGAACAGCACCGGAGGGCUAUGGAGCCAGAUGCCUGCCCAGGGGCCACAGGGCCUUCACAAAGCACCGGCCCGUAAGAACUUGCUGGAGGACUUGAAGGUGGAGACGUUCACUGGGAGUCAGGGGGAAGCAACUAACUACAGCUUGAUGGCGUCUGUGGAGAUCCCUCUGCUAGGUGCCAGCACUACCGCAGACAUCAGCCAGGCAGAGCCUCUGCAAGCCCCUGGCACUGAAAGCAAUGAGUUUGAUGUGAGUCCUGUAGGCCAUGAUGAUAUCAGCUUGGCUGACAUGUACCGGUGGAAGGUCUCAGCUUAUGCCCCUUGCAGCUCCACGUGCACAUCAGCAGGUAUCAGUGCCUCCUAUGCGAUGUGUGUCCGAUAUGAUGGGGUGGAAGUGGAUGAAACAUACUGUGAUGCUCUGAUGCGACCAGAACCUACUCACGAGUUUUGCACAGGGAGAGAUUGCCAGCCCAGAUGGGAGACCAGCCGGUGGAGUGAGUGCUCCAGGACUUGUGGAGAGGGUUAUCAGUACCGAACUGUGCGCUGCUGGAAGAUGCUGGCUCCAGGCUUUGACAGCUCUGUUUAUGAUGACCUCUGCGAGUCAGCUGGGCUGGCCCGGCCCAUGGAGAGGAAAGCCUGCAAAAACACAGCCUGUGGGCCCCAGUGGGAGCUCUCCGAGUGGUCUGAGUGUUCAGCCCGGUGCGGCACGCAGGGGAUGAUGAAGAGGGAGGUGCGCUGCUCAGUGGAAGCACCCAUCUGUGACGAGUCCCAAAAGCCCCGAAGUGAGAAGGUGUGCACAGGCCCGCCCUGUGACCGCCGCUGGAUUGCCUCGGACUGGGGCCCGUGCUCAGGUUCGUGUGGUGAAGGACGCAUGAGCCGCUUCAUUGCGUGUCGCAACCAUGACGGCAAGGUGAUUGCUGACUCCCAGUGUGACCCAGCUGCCAAGCCUCUGGCCAUCCAUCCGUGUGGUGACAAGAACUGCCCUGCGCACUGGGUGGAGCAGGAGUGGGAUCAGUGUGAUGCCACCUGUGGACGAGGAAUGAAGACUCGGAUCGUCUUGUGUGCAGGCCUGGAGAAUGGUGUGUACAGGGAGUAUCCUGAGAAGCGCUGUGAGGCCUCUCAGAAGCCUGAGGAGCAAGUUGCCUGUUUCAGGAGACCCUGUUCAACAUGGUUCACCACUUCCUGGUCUCAGUGCAGCAAGACGUGCGGGGCUGGUGUGCGACUGCGUGAGGUGAAGUGCUACCAAGGGGAGGCGCUGGGUCAGGGUUGUGACCCCACUUCCAAACCAGAAGCUAGGCAGAGCUGCCAACUCCCGCCAUGCCCCACAGAGGCACCAGAAGACGACUGUGAAGACAGAGCGACGUCCAACUGCAUGCUGGUGCUGAAGGUGAAGCUGUGCUCUCACUGGUACUACAGGAAGGCUUGCUGCCGGUCGUGUCACACCAAGUCACCCUGACUGCUGCCAGGCCGUACUGUCCUUCCGCGCUCAGUGGUAAGAGCGCCUGGAACCAGACUUUACCACAUGAAGCCACCCUGUGUAGCUUGGCCACGGAACCUAUCCCUGUAAGCCAGCCCGCUUAGCRAGGAAGGAUUUUAGGACUUAGUCAUCGCUGUCUGCUCGCCACUGAGAGGAUUUUACUUAAGACAAACUGCCAGUUCCUACAAAGCUACUGAGAAGCGAGUUGGGAAAGCCUGUCCAUGCUGUCAGUCCUCUCUGAAGAGCUCCUCCUCAGUGCUCUGGUCAUUCAUGUGGCAGCCCCAACCAGGCCCACAUCAGCAGAAGCCCUA